CAGGUGAUGUAGGAAGUAACGCAGCUCGGCUCUCAACAUCUUACACUUCUUCAUGUCGGCAGUUCCAGAAUCCUCCGAAGAAGCCGCCAAGCGUCAGGCAGAACAGAAAAAACUCGAAGAGAUACUUGACAAGAUAAACUAUUCAGAUCGAUACACAGAUGACAUUUUCGAAUAUCGACACGUUAUCUUACCCAAACAACUGCUCAAAUACAUACCAGAAAACUACUGGGAUCAGCGGACGGGCGCACUAAGGCUAUUGGAAGAUAAAGAAUGGCGAUCACUUGGUAUACAACAGAGUUUGGGUUGGGAGCAUUACGAGGUUCAUGUACCUGAGCCACACGUUCUACUCUUUAGACGACCCAAAGACUACGUUCCGCCCACUCAGCCAGCUCCUCGCGCCAAGGAAGCCAGAAGGAAAUAGGUGCACAAUGUGUUUUCCAAUUAGAUCCGGAUAGUUUUUGCUUUGCACUCGCUCUCGAAUUUACCUUUAACUUUGGCUGGAGUGGGUACUUGUAUUUCUGCACUGCCAUUCUUCACCCAUUCGUUUUCUCUGAUUAUUAUUUGCGCACAUUGUAUCGACUACUCUUUUCAAGCGGUGUAAUGAGGAGAAAUUAUAUAUCGCAGCCACAGUUCGC